UAUAAUUAUUCAAAAAAAAAAAAAAACAACCCAACCCAUAUAUGGAAGAUCUCAUAAAGUCUCUUCUCAUUUCUCAAGCUUAGUUAGCUCACCCUAACUCAAACUUUGUUAUCAUUCUUCAAGUGAAGAACAGAAAUUUACCUAUUCCUUUUAUAACAAGAAAGCUGUGAUAAAUAGGUGAACUCAGAAACCUAUUCUUAUGACUGAGAGUAGACACAUCUCUCUAGCUCCAAUCAUUAUAGCUUUCCUUACUGUUAAUUUCAUAGCUUCUUCACUCUAUUACUCUUGGCUUAAUUUCCAUAUUUCUAUAUCCGACAAAUAAGUGUAAAAUUGAAGUCAAAGACUAUGGAUGAAGAAGGAGAGAUGGGAAGAAGGCCUAGAGGCAGGCCGACUGGAUCCAAGAAUAGGCCAAAACCACCCAUUAUCAUCAACCGAGACAGCGCCAAUGCACUCCGAACACAUCUCAUGGAAAUUGCAGACGGUUGUGAUAUAAUGGAAAGCGUUUCAAAUUUUUCAAGGAGAAGGCAAAGAGGAGUUUGCAUUAUGAGUGGAACAGGAAAUGUUACUAAUGUAAACCUAAAACAACCAGCUUCACCAGGUGAAAUUGCAACUCUACACGGGCGAUUCGAGAUCUUAUCGUUAUCCGGAUCAUUUCUUCCACCGCCAGCGCCUUCAGCAGCUUCUGGAUUGACUAUAUAUUUAGCCGGCGGGCAAGGACAAGUGGUGGGUGGUAGUGUGGUUGGAGCGCUAAUGGCGUCAGGGCCGGUUGUUAUUAUGGCUGCUUCGUUUAGUAAUGCUGCUUACGAAAGGCUUCCGUUAGAAGAAGACGAUCAAAAUCCACAUCCAGUGGCUCCGGGAGAUUCUCCGGGAGCCACCGGAGGACACGGACAACAACAACAAUUAUUAGCAGACGGAUCGAUACUUCAUGGAAUGCCACCAAAUCUUCUUAACUCCAUUCAGUUACCUCCUGAGGGCUAUUGGGCAACUGGCCGACCUCCAUUUUAACUUUGAAGGAAUUUAUACAAGGGGUAUCAAUUCUUUCUCUUGAUCUUUUUAAUUCACUCCUAUUUUCUGUUAUAUUGGGAGAUCAGGGAAGGGAAGGGGGCAGUAAGAAAAUUCUAUUAGCUACCAGCGAUUUAGCGACUGAUCAGCGAUGGAGUUUGUAGCUAAUUCGAGUUUUUUUGUAGUGCACAAGCGCCACAAGAUUGUAAGCCUUGGUGUGGUAUUCUUUCUCUUGUUUCAAUUGUCUAAUUAGCUUCUAUCCAAGAAUUCUUAGGUAAAAGAAUUAGGAAAAGGAUUUAUAUUUGGGUCGUUGACCAUUUUAAGUUCGUAAUUCUUUGCAUUAGAUAUCUCCUACUUUGGAUUAUAUCCUUUUUCUACUUGAUUUUGUAUUGCGUGCUUGAUGAUGAUCAGGUUAUAUAUGUGCGGUAAUUUGAUCAAGUGAACUGUGUAAAUUUCCUGUUUUCUUGCU